AUCGCAAAGCAGAUAAAAAGACGACAAUUCUUCUUUACUAUCUUUUUAAACCACCCAUCCCUUCCAAAACCAAAUCCAUAACACAAUAACCCACUAUAUUAACAUGGUAGCUACGGCUCAAUCAGAUUUCAUUGCAGUGAGCGAUUUGAUCAAAAGCCAAUUUGCUAUCAAUGUUCAGGGCAUAGUUGUCAGAAUUCAUCGCGAGAAAUUCAAGUGCAAAAAUGGAUCGGCCGACUGGUGUACAUGGUUCGAAAUCCGCGAUCUAAUAACAGAAACGACAAGAGAAGCGGCUAUUUAUCAGAAAGAAUACUCUGAGUUGCCAGAUUUGAAGCCUGGCGAUAUUAUCGAACUCAACCAGUGCAGUUACUACUGGAACGAAAGAUUUGGCUUUCAAGUCCGCAUUUCCCCAUCUUAUGAAGGUGCGUCUUUCAGAGUAAACCCUCAACCGCAGUCUAAUGGACUCUCACAGUCUCAGAGCGGCUACAGUAAUGGCGGUGACGUAGCGCCAGCUGAACCCGUGCCUUCUUCGCCAACUCCGAUGGGGCAGCAGCAGUCGACACAGUCGACGAAGUCUCCAGCAACUGAGCCCGAGAAUCCGAAUUCAGAACAAGAACAAGAGCAAGAUACUCAUAGCGAAAACAGCGAUGACAGCAUCGUACCAUCUGAACCCGCACGAUCGUCACCAAACCGAACGGAGCAGCGGCAGCCAGGCCAGUCUCCAGUAACUGAAGCCGCGAGUCCUACACCCUUCGAUGUAGAUGAGACACUUGGGCUGGGGUCUCUUGCAAUUUAACCCGCAUGUCCACUCCAAUAUCGCCGCAAAUUUGCACAGUAGUAGCAACAGUACUCAUAAGUAAGAUCAAACUAAAGGUUCCUUUUCAAAUCUAUGUUCUUACAUCCUCUUCGUAUUGCAUGUCGAGGAAAAAAAAAUAUUAAAUAAAAAAGCUAUA